UGGAGAAGCAUCUGGAAGGUGCCGCUUCUGGAGAUUUCAAUGUCAUGUUAUGUAAAGCCCCUCUCCAGCAAAUUCGCUUGUGAAACAGCAAGUUUAUUUGGAUAAGCCUUCAUCGUUUUCCAUUGCGAGAGUGGAAAUGGCGACCUAUCAGAUGGGCAUGGCUUCAGGGCUUUCGCUGGGGUCAUGUGAGGGCCUCAGGCCAGCUCUUUUAGCCCGCGGACGGCCUCUGUGUGUUCCUGUCAAGCGGUUCCUUACGGUGAGAGCAGCGACCGCUGUGGGUCCAAAGUUCUCUACGCUUAAGCCCCUAGGUGACCGUGUGCUUGUUAAAAUUAAGGAAGCGCCAGAGAAAACAGAGGGGGGAAUAUUGCUUCCUUCCUUGUCGCAGAAUAAGCCUCAUGGGGGAGAGGUAGUCGCUGUGGGCGACGGCAAAGCCGCUGGUAAAGAAAAGCUUCAACUUUCAGUUCAGCCCGGUGCCAAAGUUGUCUACUCAAAGUAUGCAGGAACAGAGAUUGAUUUUCAUGGAGUAAAUCACCUCCUUGUAAAAGAAGAUGACAUCACUGGAAUUCUGGAAACUGAUGAUAUUAAGGACUUGAAGCCAUUGUAUGAUCAAAUUUUAAUCAAGGUCCAAGAGGCAGAGGAGAAAACAGUUGGUGGUGUGCUGCUUACUCAAAGUGCUAAGGAGAAGCCUUCAAUAGGAACGGUUGUCGCUGUGGGACCUGGCGCUUAUGAUGAAGAGGGAAAGAGAAAACCAAUGCCAGUAGCUCCUGGGAACACUGUUCUCUACUCAAAAUUUGCUGGGAAUGACUUCAAAAGUGCUGAUGGUUCUGAAUAUGUGACUUUGAGGGUCUCUGAUGCUCUGGCUGUACUCUCUUAGCCUUCUGAAAUUCAAUUUUGAAUAAUUUUGUGAUUGCGGGAUUAGAUCAAAUUUAUAUGUAGUGAAUGUGAGGAUUAAAUUAGUACGAGUGCUCUGGUAAGGCACUUUUCAGUUAAGUGCGCAAGAAGCUCAAAGCACAUGCUGAAAUUUAAUGUAUAUUGAUGUCUGAUUGUUUUAAGCUUUCGAUGAAGGGAAUGGAAUUAGGUUUUUGAGGUACAA